AUUCGAUUCUGUGGGACUGUCAAGUGUCUUGAGUGGAGAUUCUGGUGAUGUUGUGUUCUGUUAUGUUGUUUACAAAAUAAUAUUGGGUGACAACUGUUUAAAAACGCUAAUAUUUUAUUAUAUAUACUGGAUGUAACAAUUAUUGAUUUUAUAUUCUAGAACUAUGACUACUACUUUAGAUAUACGAGUGAAAAAGGUCAACAAAGUCUACCAUGAAGGGGAAUUCAUCACAGGAGUUGUUGUUUUCAACUCACCAACAGACAUCAAGCACGAUGGAAUCACGUUGAAUUUAGAAGGAACAGUUAAUUUGCAACUAAGCCCAAAAAAUGUUGGAAUUUUUGAAGCAUUUUAUAAUUCCGUAAAGCCGAUCCAACUAGUCCAAUGCUCUUUAGAAGUAGCAGCUCCUGGUAAGAUGCCUUCAGGGAAAACCGAAGUCCCUUUUGAAGCUCCGCUUCACCCGAGGCCUAAUAAAACACUGUUUGAAACAUACCAUGGUGUCUUCAUCAACAUCCAAUAUGUUCUACAGUGUACGCUCAAGCGCAGCUUUCUUGCUAAGGAUUUGACAAAAAAAGCUGAGUUCAUAGUUGAGUACAAGCCCAAUCAAUGUGAGAAAGCUGUUCCUACUCCCGUCCGGUUCUCCAUUACUCCAGAGUCCUUGCAGAAUGUGAGGGACAGGUCCAAGAUACCUCGGUUUGUGGUGUCCGGUGUACUCGACUCUACUGUCUGCUGUAUAACCAGACCAUUCACAGGAGAUCUGGUGGUGGAGCAUUGUGAGAUUGGAAUAAAGUCUAUUGAAUUACAGCUAGUACGUGUUGAGACUUGUGGUUGUGCUGAGGGAUACGCUCGAGAUGCAACGGAAAUCCAAAAUAUUCAAAUCGGCGAAGGAAAUGUAGCCAGAGGAGUACGCAUCCCAAUAUACAUGAUAUUUCCACGACUCUUUACCUGUCCAACUCUGUCGACAAGUAACUUCAAAGUUGAAUUUGAGGUGAAUAUUGUGAUAAUUUUUGAAAACGACCACUUAGUAACAGAAAACUUUCCAAUAACUUUGAAGCGAUCCUGAUUGUUCCCUCAUCAUUUCCCUGAUGGUUCAACUCUGUGAUAUGAUCGUACAUGUCAAGAAGCUGAGGCUGUGGAGAAUUCUCAGAACACUUAACUGAAUUAUCUUUGAGUGCUGAAGUGAAAUAAGUUGGUGAUUAUGAAAUAUAUUGCUAAUCCUUAUUUUAUAUCGAAUAUAUUGUGUUAUUCAUCAAUAGAUAUAUCUUUGACAUUAUAUAUACACUACAAAUGAUAUUUGAAAACAGUUGUUCGGCGAUGAGGAAUUUGUUACACCAAUAAAACAGUACAACCUAUUACAAAUUACAUAUUUUGAUUUUUUACAUUUUACAAUUAUAUAAAUGUUUUGUAAUUAUAAAAAGGUGAUUUUUUUAUUUUUAGUAGAAAUACAAAUUUGUAUUGUUAAAAGGUUUUAGGUCUAUUAUCAUAAACAUGGCACAAAUUACAUUACUGUAAACAUUUUUUUCAACAGUUAUGAAGGAUUGUAUUUUAAUUUUGAGUAAAAUUCAAUUGAAACCAUUA